CCUGUCAAAAACACUGUCAAUGGUCGCCCUGAAUCGACGUUGCUGGGGGAGUUAUUGAAUAAUUUCUCACCAAGUACCUCCACCACAGUAUCUCCACCACAGUACCUCCACCACAGUAUCUCCACCACAGUAUCUCCACCACAGUACCUCCACCACAGUAUCUCCACCACAGUAUCUCCAUCACAGUAUCUCCACCACAGUACCUCCACCACAGUACCUCCACCACAGUAUCUCCACCACAGUCCCUCCACCACAGUACCUCCACCCUCCUCCUCCCAUCAUGGACCUGUAUGAGGUCUUCACAGGAAGCAGGCUGGAUGUCAUCACUGAGGAGGUUCUGAGUGGAGACGAGGAGCGUGGGGAGGAGCACCAGGAGGAGGUGAAGGAGGAGGAGGUGAACAGGGAUCUCCCUACCAAAGAGGCCUUCGUAGUGGUGUCAGAGAGAACAGAGACUAGAGAGUUGUCCUCUACCUUCCAGCGUUUCUCCACGGAUACCAACGACUCUCUGAGCAGGUUUGAGGCGUAUGUCCCGUCUUCAGAUGAGGAUGGAACUCCAUCACCUGACAGCUCAGCUCUCAAACACGAUGACGUGUUUGAGGAGCACAAGGAGUCGGAGGACAAGGUGAAUAACAUCAGGACUAAGCUGGAGGAGAAGGUGGUGGAGAUGGAGAACUUUGCAGGACAUCUAGAAGAGAUCUUCCUCACUGUGGAGGAGAAUUUUGGUCGUCAGGAGCAACACCUGGAGCAGCACUGCAACGAUGUUCUACAGACGUUGUCCCAUCGUUACGACGAGCGAGCCGCUGCGCUGGGGGAGGAGAAGAAGAGGAAGUUGGAGGCCUUGUACACUCAGCUGCUGGGCUGCGGACGUACCCUGGACGCAUCCAAGGACCUGAUUGAGACCGCCCAGGAACUGUACCGCACCGAGGACAAACGACUCUUUCUACAGGCUGUUAUGCCCACCAUGAAGAGAAUUGAGGAAUUUGCGAAGGAGAAGCCUGACCUGACGCUGGUGACCCCUCUGGAGUUUGACAUGCCCCUCGCUGACCUGUCAGACGUCAAGACCAUGAUGGACUCCAUCAACAUCGUACCAGCCCCAUCUGCCCCGGUCAUCAACCCCCAGGUGUCUAACUCGGCCACGCGGACGUCUCUGCGUGUGUGCUGGAGCCUGUUCUCAGACGACUCUGUGGAAUACUACGAGCUCUACUACAGACAGGUCCUGGAGGACACGCCGGCUGUAGACAGCACCAAGGGGCCUGACGUGUCUAAUGUGAAGGUAAAGGAAACCCACUGUAGUGUAGGAGAGCUGCUGCCUAACGUGCAGUAUGAGUUCUGGGUCACAGCUACCAAUACGACAGGCAUCAGCCCUGCCAGUGAGAAGGCUGUCUACGUGACAGUCCCAUCUCCACCAGUCAUCAGACAGAGGGAGUGUAGCAGUUGUCCGGAAGCCGCUCUGAUUCGCUGGGAGUCAGGAAACACCAACCCAGUCGACUCCUACACCGUAGAGCUGAUUGAGACAGGCACUGAUGGACAGAGUGGGGUCACUGAGUCCAUCGUGGCUGUUCCUACCUGUGAGAGUCUGAUCCAGCUGGAGUCAGGAAGACAGUACCUCAUCUACGUCAGAGCUGUCAACAUCGGAGGACCCAGUGACAGGAGCCAGGCUUUUACUGUCUCUACUACAGGAACCGUCUUCCACCUGCUGCAGGACACAGCCCACCCCUGUCUGUCCAUCUCUGAGGACGGCUUCUCCAUGUUCUACGGAGACGAGGAGCUCCCGCUCUCCGCCAUGACCUUCGACGACAACACCUUCGCCAGGUGUGUAGCUGUGUUAGGGGACCUGAUCCCUGUGAGAGGCAGACAUUACUGGGAGGUGGAACUGGACGAGGACACAGAGUACAGGAUUGGAGUGGCCUAUGAAGAUACUCAGAGAAACUCCUACCUGGGAGGAGCCAACACGUCCUGGUGCAUGAGACAUGUCCUCACGCCAUCCAGACACAAGUACGAGUUCCUCCACAGCGGCUGGAGCCCAGACAUCCGGAUAACGGUGAACCCUGUGAGGAUAGGGCUCAGUCUGAACUAUGAGAGAGGGAUCCUGUCCUUCUUCAACGUGGAGCUAGAACAACACCUCUACACCUUCUACUGUAGCUUCCAACGCUAUGUUCAUCCCUGCUUCGCUCUGGACAACCCCGGUGCGCUCACUGUUCGCACUGGGGUAGAGGCACCGGGGUACGUCCACUUGGUCUGAGUUUACCUACCAUGAUGUACAGGUGUGUCCAUGGAAACGUCUUUACCUACCAUGAUGUACAGGUGUGUCCAUGGAAACGUCUUUACCUACCAUGAUGUACAGGUGUGUCCAUGGAAACGUCUUUACCUACCAUGAUGUACAUUAAACAGAGUACAGGUGUGUCCAUGGAAACGUCUUUGUUGUCUGUUUUUCUAACCCUCUGGACAACACUGCAUGGUAGAGCACAAUUAUACUACAAAAACAUGUUUAUGACCCCUUUGUGUAAGUGGGUUAACAACCAUAUCUGAAUAAAAACCAUGUAUAUCAGUGGUUUAGACCAGGGUUUGACUGACUACCACAACACUGUUACAGACUAACAUGAUGAAACCCUGGACUACCACACCACUGUUACAGACCAACAUGAUGAAACCCUGGACUGGACUACCACAACAAUGUUACAGACUAACAUGAUGAAACCCUGGACUGGACUACCACAACACUGUUACAGACUGAUGAUGAAACCCUGGACUGGACUACCACAACACUGUUACAGACUGAUGAUGAAACCCUGGACUGGACUACCACAACACUGUUACAGACUGAUGAUGAAACCCUGGACUGGACUACCACAACACUGUUACAGACUAACAUGAUGAAACCCUGGACUGGACUACCACAACACUGUUACAGACCAACAUGAUGAAACCCUGGACUACCACAACACUGUUACAGACUAACAUGAUGAAACCCUGGACUGGACUACCACAACACUGUUACAGACUGAUGAUGAAACCCUGGACUACCACAACACUAUUACAGACUAACAUGAUGAAACCCUGGACUGGACUACCACAACACUGUUACAGACUAACAUGAUGAAACCCUGGACUGGACUACCACAACACUAUUACAGACUAACAUGAUGAAACCCUGGACUGGACUACCACAACACUGUUACAGACUAACAUGAUGAAACCCUGGACUGGACUACCACAACACUGUUACAGACUGAUGAUGAAACCCUGGACUACCACACCACUGUUACAGACUAACAUGAUGAAACCCUGGACUGGACUACCACAACACUAUUACAGACUAACAUGAUGAAACCCUGGACUGGACUACCACAACACUGUUACAGACUAACAUGAUGAAACCCUGGACUGGACUACCACAACA